GUUUGGUUUUAGUUUAGUCGGUUGUUAGCUUUGGUGGGUAUACGCCAAAAGGUGUUUUUUCGUUCCUUUCUAAAUGAAUUUUUGUGUACUUAAAAUGUUUGGUUAAGAUUUUAUUUGUUGUAUUAUUAAGUUAACUGUUUGCCAUGCCUCAGCAAAUGGAUAUUCCUUCCCAGCACUGUUUAGCUAGAGCCCUAUAUGACAACGUUCCUGAUACACCUGACGAGCUCCAAUUUCGGAAAGGUGACACAUUAAUUGUCCUCGAGCAGAAUACGGCGAACAUCGAAGGGUGGUGGCUUUGUUCGUUACGAGGGAAACAGGGAAUCUGCCCCGCAAAUAGAUUAAGGUUAAUACCCGGUGUCUAUGAAGAUACCGGGCAGAUUACUAGGGGCGUCUCUCCUCACCAAUUUUCCGAACAAGGCGAUUUCAAUUCUCUACAAAGACAAGGAAAAAGACGAAGCUGGCACGUUCUACCAAAUCAGGUCAUAACGCCUAAAAAAUUCAACGAUGUCUACUUAUACGACAUGCCGCCUUCGAGAUGUUCGCCGGUUUCAUCGGGUGUGAGUCCGGGCUUAAAUACCCGGGAUCAGACCAACGACUGUUACGACGUCCCUCCCCGCGCUAUCCCCGUAGGUAAUGAAAAUUUUAGGAAUUGUCCUAGAUGUUCUCCCGCUCCUUCUUGCGCCUCACCGAUUAGUAGAGAUUCAGGUGAAACGUAUGACAUUCCCCGACAACAUUUAGGAGUACCGAAUCAACUGACCCCUUCCAGUUCAGCAAGUUCCUUAACGGCGGAUUCGUUGAGUUCAUCAAACCGCAGCAGUCUGGCGAAUAUGCCCGAUUACGACGUCCCGAAGCCCCAUAACCGAGGACCCCAACUAGUGUUACAGACAACAUCCAAUUACGACGUUCCCUCGCAAAUUUCCAAAGAACUACCGUUGGAAUUGAAUUCUGCUCUCGAAAAUCUCGAGAGAUUACAGACUGAUACAACGAGCGCAAUAUCGAAACUCCUAGGAUUCGUCGGACCGCAAUGGAGGACAAAAGAAAAAUUAGAACAAACCAUAAUGGAAAUCAAAUUAUCCGUUACCAGAUUACGGACGUCCCUACACGAUUUGGCGGAUUUCGGCGAAGGUACACUCGGAAACGCCGCUAGGGCUUCCGAUAAAAAUUUAGCCGGGAAAUUGACGCCUCUAGUAUCGGCCAUAAGGAUAUCGAACGCCCUCGUCCAAAAAGCCGCCGACGAAUUGAAUACGCACAAUUGGUCGAUAGAUCUAUUAGCCAGACCGGAAGAGGAAGACACCGUCAAAAAACCGGACGAAUUAGAGCAAUUGGUCGCUUGUUCGCGCGCUCUAACCGAAGACAUACGACAAAUCGCGUCAUUCAUACAAGGCAACGGUCUGUUGUUAUUCAAAAAGGAUCCGACCAACGAUUGGAACGAAGAAUACGAUUACGUUAGUUUGGAUUCCAAAGAAAACGUAUCGAAAAAUCACGCCGAUAUAAUGAAAACCCUACCGAAAAAUUUACGAAAAGGUUACGAUAAUUGCGUCAAACACGCCGACGACGUCGCCUUCGACGUCGAUCCCAAAACCGCCGUCGGUCUAGAUCCGGACGAUAAGCAAUUAUUGACGUUUUACGCCGCUCAAGUCGUCAAUCAUCACGAAAAUUUGACGCACGCCAUCGACGCUUUUCUACGUACCGUCGAACACAAUCAACCGCCGAAGAUAUUUUUGGCUCACGGAAAAUUCGUCGUAUUGAGCGCUCACAAAUUGGUGCUUAUCGGCGAUACGGUUCACAGGAAUAUAACGUGUAGGGAAAUUAAAGAGAGAUCUUUGAGUUGUUCCAACGCUCUAUCGGACGCAUUGGCUACUAGCGUCAAUAAAACCAAACAGGCGGCGUUGCAAUUUCCUUCGGUUAAUGCCGUUCAAGAGAUGGUCGAUUCCGUUGUCGAUAUUUCACAUUCGGCUAAAGAUUUAAAAGUUUGUUUGGUACAAGCUGCAGUUUCGUUUUAAAAUGUUCGAUUUUUGGUUUUGUUUUUUAUAUUUAUUGUCGGCAGAGUAUGUUGUUUAUCGAAAAGUUAUUUUUUCAAAUUUUUGACUACCGGAUUCGUGGAUACGGAAUGAAAAUCGAAUGGAAAUGGAUAGAUAGCGUUAAGGAGAAAGAGUGGUACCAGCAUUUUAAUGGAAACCGAAAGAAAGUUGACAUGGGACGUAACCCGGAUGGGUAGAAGAAGCAAAACAGUGAGGACAAGCCAGAGAUGAAGGAAAAUGGAAGAAAUAUACAUCCAGAGACGAGGAUGGGACUAAUGUAUCCAUGGAGAUGAAAAGAAUCUGACACAUAUCUAUAGAUAUCAAAAGAAACUAACGUGGAUGACAUCCCGGAUAGGUAGAAACGGAAAAACAGCGAAAACAAGCCAAAGAAUAAAAGAAUAUAUCAGAAAUUUACGUCAGGAGAGGAGGAAUGUAACAAUAUUUCAAUGGAAACCGAAAAAACCUGACAUGAGACACAACCUAGAUGAAUAGAAGUAGAAAAUCCGUGAAAACAAACCAGAGGUGAUAGAAAAUAGACGAAAUUUACAUCCACGAGGAGAAAAGUACUAGUAUUUCAAUAGAGACCAGAAAAAAACUGUCAUAUUUCAAUGGAGACUACAAGAAAUUGUCAUAUUUAAAUGGAUAUCAAAAUAAACUGUCUUGGAUCAUUUCUUAAAUGGAAAGAAGCAGAAUAUCAGUGAAAACAAGUUAGGGAUGAAUGAAUGUGGACGAAAUUUAUGUUUAAAGAGGAAGAUAGUACCAACUGUUCAAUGGGGACCAAAAGAAACUGACGUGGAUCACUUUCUAGAUGGAUAGAAGAACAAAAACAGUGAAAACAAACCAGAUAUGAUCGAAAACGGACGAAAUAUACAUCCAGAGGAGAAAAAUACCAAUAUUUCAAUGGACACUAGGAGAAACUGUCAUAUUUUAAUGGAGAUCAACAAAAACUGACGUGCAUAACUUCCAAGAUGGAUAGAAGAAGGAAAACAGUGAAAAAAUGUCAUAGAUAAACGGAAAUAAA